AUGGCUUCGUACAACCUGAGUAAUCACCACACAGGUCCCUUCACCCUCCUAGGCAUCCCUGGACUUGAGGAGUACCACGUGUGGAUCAGCAUUCCUUUCUGCUUUAUCUAUUCUGUGGCCAUCGUGGGCAAUAGUAUCCUCCUCUACCUCAUUGCAAUGGAACGUAGUCUUCAUGCACCCAUGUUCUUUUUCCUUUCCAUGCUGGCCUUGACUGACCUGGUGCUAUCCACAACAUGCGUCCCCAAAACCCUUAGCAUCUUCUGGUUUGGGCCCCAGAAAAUCAGUUUUCCUGGUUGUCUCACCCAGCUAUUCUUUCUGCACUACAGCUUUGUUCUAGAUUCUGCUAUACUCCUGGCCAUGGCUUUUGACCGCUAUGUGGCCAUCUGCUCACCUUUGAGAUACACCACUAUUCUGACCCCCAAAGCCAUUGUCAAAAUUGCUGUGGGAAUCUCUUUCCGAAGUUUCUGUGUUUUUGUCCCGUGCGUUUUCCUUGUAAAUCGUCUCCCCUUCUGCAGGACUCAUGUCAUUGCUCAUACCUACUGUGAGCACAUAGGUGUUGCCAGAUUGGCCUGUGCAGACAUCUCCAUCAACAUCUGGUACGGCUUUUGUGUUCCCAUCAUGACAGUGAUCAUCGACGUGAUGCUCAUUGCUGUCUCCUACACCCUUAUCCUCCAUGCAGUGUUUCGCCUCCCUUCCAGAGACGCCCGCCAGAAGGCCCUUGGUACUUGUGGUUCCCACGUCUGUGUCAUCCUCAUGUUUUACAUACCAGCGUUCUUCUCCAUCCUUGCCCAUCGCUUUGGACGGAACGUCCCACUAACAUUCCACAUUAUGUUUGCUAACCUUUAUGUAAUCAUCCCACCUGCGCUCAACCCUAUUGUCUAUGGAGUAAAGACUAAGCAGAUCCGGGACAAGGUCCUUCUAUUGCUCCUUCCCAAAGGGUCCCAGUGA